CCCCAUUUCUGUUCCUUGGUUGUCUCCUCUCAAGUUUCUGCAGAGCUUAUAUCGCCGGGAAUCACCAGAGAAAGUCCAGUUCUAGGUUUUGGUUAAACUAAAGUGAAGGUGAAGGAACUAACAAUCAAAGCAAUGGCGGAGACUGAAGUCAAGUCCAAUUCUUGUGCGGAUGACCUCGAGAAACAUGUGAUGAAGGUUUUCAAGGAGGCCACCAAAGACUGUGAGGACAAGGAAGUGAAAGAAAUAUUUGACAUGAUUAGGAACUAUGACGACCUUAACAAGUAUGCAAUUUCGGUGUUCAAUUCCAUGGCAAAUGACAAGUUUAUUGAGGUAGCUAGAGAGCUCUUUAAGCCUCGCUCUGAGUCUGAGUCUGAGUCGGCUGCCGUACUGCCUGAUGUGGCCAUCUACACCGUUGUCAUUUGGGCCUGCAUCUCUGCCGGCAAGAUCAUGGCUGCUCACAAGGUCUACCACCACAUGAUAGCCAACGGUGUCGCCCCCACCUCCUGCACUUACAUUAUUCUCAUCAACACACUUGCAACCAACUCAUCUUCUGAUAUCAAUUUUGUUGGGUAUGCCAAGAAGUAUUUUUUGGAAAUGUUGGAUAAGGGGAUGAUGCCUAUCUCAUCCUCCUACAUGGCCGUCUUCAAAGCCAUUGCUCGCCAGGAGCCGGUGGAGAAGGCCAGGGAGUUCCUUGAGCAGAUACAAACAAAGGGGUUCAGCCCUAAGUUGGAUGUUCCUCACUUUGAAGUGGCCUACAUGGAAGAAGCAAUGAAUGCGUUGAAGAUGUCUGAUGUUCUUAUCAACGCCACCACUGACAAGAAGUUGCAAAAACUCUACCGUGAGUGGAGCACCACCCGCAAACCCCUCAGGGAUGAGUUUCUGAAGAUGUACAAAGCCUUGAAAGCCGAUGACAAUGAUGACCAGGCCAUGGAGCUCUAUAGGCGCGCUUGGGAUACAAACAUAAUUCCAGAGGUCGUACUUCACACUGGUGUUAUUGAAGACUGUCUCAAGGCUGGCAACACCGAGUGUGCUCUGAAGGCUUACAGGACCAUGUUAGCUACUGGGGUUGCCCCAAACUCCUAUACAUACACUGUUUUAAUCAAGGGACUCACUGCUGACCCCCACUUCAUUGAAGAUGCCAAGAAGUGCUUGCUUGAGAUGAUGGACAAGGGAUUGAGGCCCAAUGCUGCUACCUACACUGCAGUCAUAGAAGGUUUUGCAAGGCAAGAGGACAAGGAAGCUGAGGAGGAGGGUAAACAGUUAGUGGAGGUCAUGAUGGGUAAGGGGCUUGAGCCAAACGUAAAGGCUAUGAUGGAGGUUUUAAAGGGAAGACCAAAAGGUGUUAUAAGAAGGGUCAUCAGCAUUGUUCUUUCCAAGUUGAAGGGCUGAUGCUUUGGUUCAUCGAUGUAUGAGCUGCUUUGGGAUUAGGAUGUUUCAGAUAUGGGGUAGCUAGUAAGAGUAGGAAACUAGGAAUCAUGUAGAAUUGAGUUUCAACAGGGAAUUUAGUGCUGUUCUCUAUCAUUGUGAAUGCUGACCAGGAAGAACAAAAUCAUAUAGGUUUCAUGUGGUAUUUGGUGCUGUUCUCUCUGAUGGUAAAUGUUGACGUCAAAGUAUAUUGUGGUGCUAAUUCCUUUCCUUUAAUUUAUAUUUCUUCCAUUCUGCAAUAUUUUUUAUUUUUUAUUU